CAAGUGAGGAAGAUUUCUAGAAGAUUCUGUUGCCCUCCUGAGCUUCAACCAUAAAGCAGCUGGAACACCUGCAACUCAGGUGGGAAAAUCUCUGGAAAAAAGGCGAUAGGAAAAACAUCGUAUGUGGAGCCAGCUGAAACAAAGCAACAGCAGCUGACAGAUCUCUUUGAACUGCAGUGCUACUGAAGAAUCCAUCUUAAAAACAGCUUGAAAGUUCUGAAACGCAACCAGCUUCAAAUCAACCAAUCAGCUCAGUUUUCCUGAACAAUCCAGCAUCUUUCCCUGAGGAAGACUUCUCCUGGUCUGAUCUCAGUGAUGUUGCCCCUCAUCCCCUCCCUCCUCUUCUUCUUUCUCCUGGCCAGCCCAGCCCUCCUGACCCCAACAACCUCCAGUGAGUUACAGGUCAGGGGGGAAAGGACACCAAGGAAUGCUGAGCAGGACUCCAUUAAGGUAGUGAUCUCAGAGGGAUGCGCCACUCAGGGAGAUUCAUCCGGUGUGAGCCAAGGUAAAGAAAUUGACCUGGCUCCUGGUUCUCCUCUGGUUCUGACCCACAAGAUCAAACUAGUCCCAUCAGGGUCAGGGUCUGGGUCUUGUGGCUGCGAGGGGGACUUUGCUGCCUUACGAGAACGUCUGGAAAGGCUGGAGAAGGAGGUGUCUGAACUUCGGGAGAAGUGUGGAGGAGCUGAUGGAAGCUGCUGCACCUCUGAGAGCAAAGGUGCAGGUUGCACCAUUAAACCAGAGACUUCCGAAUGUCCCAAUGAGUGCAGUGAUCAGGGUCGCUGUAAGGACGGCAAGUGUGUCUGCUUCCCUGGUCACAGUGGGCCAGACUGCAGCGAGUCCAACUGUCCAGGGAACUGUAACGACAAAGGGAGGUGUGUCAACGGACAGUGUGUGUGUGAUCCUGGGUUCUCUGGUCCUGACUGCUCCCAGGUAACCUGCCCAGACAACUGCAACAACCGAGGCAGGUGUGUGAAUGGCAGGUGUGUCUGUGACAGUGGUUUCACAGGCCCCAGCUGCUCAGAUGAAUCCUGUCCUGGAAACUGCAACAACAGGGGGCGCUGUGUUAACGGGCAGUGUGUUUGCAAUCCUGGAUUCAUGGAUCCAGAUUGUUCCAGAAAGGCCUGUCCUGAUAACUGCAACAACCGUGGCAGAUGUGUCAACGGUAAAUGUGUGUGCGACAGCGGCUUCACCGGUGCAGACUGCUCUGAGCCAGCCUGUCCUGGCAACUGCAACAACAGGGGGCGCUGCGUGAAUGGACAGUGCAUUUGUGAUGAUGGAUUCACUGGCCAGGAUUGCUCAGAGAAAACAUGCCCUAACGACUGUAACAACCGUGGGAGAUGCGUUAACGGUAAAUGUGUGUGUGACAGUGGCUUCACUGGUAAAGACUGCUCUGAGAAUUCCUGCCCUGACAACUGCAGCAACAGGGGGCGCUGCAUUAAUGGACAGUGCGUUUGCGAUGAAGGAUUCACUGGUGCAGACUGCUUUCAAAAAGCCUGUCCCAACAACUGCAGCAACCGUGGGAACUGCGUGAACGGAAAGUGUGUUUGCGAAGUUGGCUUUACUGGGCCAGACUGUGCUGCUAAAGGCUGUCCCAACAACUGCAGCAACAAAGGUCGAUGCAUCAAAGGAAGAUGUGUAUGCCGGCGUGGGUUCACUGGAGAAGACUGCAGCCAGUGUCAGGAGGGCAUGACUGGACCCAACUGUGAUAUGGCCAUGUUGGGUGUCUCUAAGCUAAGGACUCGGGACAUCACAGAGACGUCUACCACUCUGAUUUGGACUUCACCUUCCGUGCUGUAUGAAAUGUAUGAAAUCACUUUCACCAGCAAGAAGAAGAGCGACCAGCAGAUAUCUGUGCAGGUGGAUGGCAGCAUGACAACCUUCACCCAGACAGGCUUGGCAGCCGGUCAGGAGUACACCGCCACCAUUGUCGGGCUGAUCGAUGGCCAGAGGGGAGCCGAGAGCUCCACUGAGUUUAUGACCCUCAUUUCUGGUCCAAAAAACCUCCAAGUUGUCAAGACAACCACAACGUCAGCAGUGGUCCAAUGGGAGGAGUCAAUGGGUGAGAUUGACAGGUACCGUUUGACCAUCACACCCAAUGACGGAGCAGGGAGAAGUCAAGAAAUGACCAUAGAAGCUGGCAAAAACUCUGCCCACAUUCAGCAGCUGGAGGCCGGGCGUUUGUAUGACAUCAUACUGGUUGCGGAGAAGGGAAUGAGACAGAGCCAACCAUCAACCACACAGGCAGUUCCUGGCCCAGAGCCUCCAACUAACAUAGUCUUCAGUAAGGUGACAGAAAGCUCUCUGACAGUGUCAUGGACCAAACCAAAGAGUCCUGUGAGUGGUUUUAAAGUCACGUACACCCACGCAGAUGAUGGUGAGCCGGUGUCGGUGACCGUGGACUCGGAGGACUCAAGUCUCGACCUGUCUCGACUCUCUCCUGGAUCCACUUAUGAGGUUACCAUCAUCUCUACCCUCAGACUGGAUGAGAGUGAUCCCAUCAAAGACUUUGUCAUGACACUCCCUGACCCACCCACAGACCUUCGAGCCAUAAACGUCACUGACACCACAGCCUUGUUAUUGUGGCGGCCAGCACUGGCUACCAUUGAUAAGUACGCCAUUGUCUAUGGCUCGGGAACAGGUUCAGAGAUGAGAAUUACAGUGUCUGGAAACGCAGCCGAGCAGCAGCUGAGCGGUCUGGAAGGAUCUACCACCUACACUGUCACCAUAACCAGCCAGCUGGACAAUCUGGAGAGUUCCCCAGCCACCACCAGCUUCACUACAACCACCGGCUCAAGGGAUGAUGGACCACGAGACCUCCAGGCCAGUAAUGUGACCCCUCGCACUGCUAUGUUGUCAUGGAAACCACCAUCACAGCCUGUGGGUAGCUACAUAUUGACCUAUCAGACUAAGGGCCAAGAAAUAAAGGAAGUGAUUGUGGACGGCACGUUAACACAGUACAGCCUGAGCAGACUUCAUCCUGGAUCCCUGUACACAGUGCAGCUACAGGCAGGAGGAAGAGGAGGAGGACGAUAUGUAUCCACAAUCUCCACUGAAUUCACCACCGGCACACUGAGGUACCCCUUCCCCACUGACUGCACUCAGGAGCUGCUGAAUGGCAUCCACACUUCAGGCGUAGUAGAGAUCUUUCCUCAGGGGAAACUUGGAGCAUCAAUGAUGGUUUAUUGUGACAUGGAGACUGAUGGUGGAGGCUGGAUGGUCUUCCAGAGAAGGAAGGACGGUUCAGUGGAUUUCUUCAGAGGUUGGAAAGAUUACCUGAAUGGAUUUGGAGAUUUGAAUGGAGAGUUUUGGCUCGGUCUAGAGAAACUCCACAAUCUGACAGGGAUGACGAAGAUGAUGCUGCGUGUUGACCUACGAGAUCAAGGCGAGACUGUUUUUGCCAAGUACUCAACAUUUGAGGUGGCCAAGAGGAACUACAAGCUGACUGUGGGCGGGUACAGCGGCACUGCAGGUGACUCUCUGAGUUACCAUAACAACCGGGUCUUCUCCACCAAAGACCGAGACCCAACACCCUUCAUCACCCGCUGUGCCAUGUCUUAUCGAGGAGGAUGGUGGUACAAAAACUGUCAUGAGGCAAACCUGAACGGCCUCUACGGCAUCGACGUCAAACAUCAGGGUGUGAUUUGGACCUCAUGGAAAGGAAAAGAGCAUUCAAUCCAGUUUACUGAGAUGAAGAUGAGACCAGCAACCUUCAGGCCUCCAACCACAGGAUAAAAGUGAGAAAGAUGAUGAUGGACUGUUAAACACACACAGCUGUGUUUCAACGUGUGUGUGUACACACAUUUUAAGAUAUGAAGACCUUUUUUUUCAUUUGUAUAGUCAGUUAUCAGUAUGUUACUGUAGAUUGUACAGAUUCCUUCAGCAGCAUUUUCUGACAGGGUGAUUUUCUCAGUAUGUAAAGUUGUAGGUCUCGCAGAUUUCACUACAAUUGGCUUCUCACUUUGCAGCCGACUCUGAUUUUCUGUGCUCAUAGUUUCAGAGAUUUUAAACAUAAAUUGUACCUUUGGAUAAAUCCAAAGUCAACUUAUGCAAAACCUGACUAAAAAAAGCGUAGAUUUGACCCACAAUGCUGUUUAAAAAGUACUUUGAGUGCAUAUUCUCUGCACAUACAGACGACAAAGUAUAAUGAUUAGUUAUUAUUUCUAUUAUUAUUAUUUUUGUAAAGCACAUAGAAGAUCAGAUCAUUAGAUGAAAACAACUUUUCAUAAGAAAUAAGUCCUGCAUCGACAGUAGAAGGUGUUAGAAAAUGAUCCAUGUGUUCCAGUUGCAUACAUGUAGACCUACAGCAACAAAAUGAGACAUUAUGCAUAAAACCUGAUUAGACAGAGUUAAAUCUGGACCCCAUCAAUGCCAAGAACUGAUUCCUUAAACCAGUGAACCAUUAAUAACACACAAAACUUAAAUGAAGCUGCAUAAUUAAGCUACUACUGUUGCGUCUCUCAGAAGCUAACUAACUGAAUGCUAGUUAGCUUAGCUUAGCAAACAACACAAGGUUUUUUUAACUCAAGCUUUUUAUUGCUCAUCUGUACACUCUGGUAGAAAUGUAUGCCUCUUUCAAGGAUUACAGAGUUACAGGAUAUUUUAUUGAAAAAUUCAAUAAUACUUGUGAAAGAUAAAAAUAUAUGUACGACGGACAAAUCUCAACUACUCGGGCUACCUUUAGAUAGUAUGGGUAUUGAGGGAGAGUAUGAUUUUACAAAGCUACUUUGAAAUGUCUGUACAUCUAUCAUCUCUUUAUGUAAAUAGAUAUUCGCAGUCUACAGACCUCUGUUCAGUUUGGCACAUUUUAAACUAUUUUACAUACGGACAAAUUUAUGAUGAACUCCGGAGAACUUUGAACAUCUCAUCCAUCUGUCAGAUUUGUCACUCAAACUAAAUUCCUGACACAUUUGGUUAUGGCUUAACCAACUGUAUUAAAUAAAUAACACUAUCUUCAGGGCCAUCCCUGAGUCAGGUGGCUCUGGCUCUGCACUGCUAAAAUCUGGUCCAUGUGGUCAACCGAAAAAAAUAUUGCAAAGUUUGUCAAUAAAGCUCCACUUGUUGGUUGGUUGAUGUGGUUUUGUUCAUUCAGUGGUCUGUUUGCAGUUUUAAAAGACAGUUUGAGAGCUCCAUACACCUUUUGUUUCUUGUGAAUAAGCUGAUUGAUCGUAGUUUUGGUUAAUGAAACAAAACUACAACUUAGAGAAAACUUUAUGUUCAUACAUGCAUGUUUUGUUUUUGUUUAUUUUCAUUAUUAUUUGGAUAAUGAUUUUCGGAAACUGCUAAAAACAUUUCUGUCAUUUCAUG